AUGAUGCAGACUACAAAUUUCUCCCAAUUCAACAUUCCAUCGAUUGUACCGGCGUCACGUUCCCCUACAACUACCAUACUCCGUCGCAAAACCACCUCAUCAUGGAGGUUAUCUCCGGUCCUCGCGGUGGCUUCACCCACAACUUCUCCAUCACGCCACCAGGUCACUCACUCAAUGCCACCAGAAAAAUUGGAACUCUUCAAGUCAUUAGAACCUUGGGUUUCCGAAAACAUCCUCCCACUCCGCAAGCCCGUAGAGAAAUGUUGGCAGCCCAUUGAGUUUCUCCCUAACCCAUCUCAAGGCCCCGAACAAUUCGAGGAAGAGGUUCGGGCCCUAAGGCAACGAGUUUUAGGGCUUUCGGAUGAGUACUUUGUUAUGCUUGUGGGUAAUAUGCUAACUGAGGAUGCUUUGCCUACUUAUCAGACUGUGAUUAAUACGUUUGAUGGAGUACGCGAUGAGACUGGAUCCAGCCCGUGUCCAUGGGCAAUAUGGACACGGGCAUGGACAGCUGAGGAGAAUCGACAUGGUGAUUUGCUACGGACCUAUCUUUAUCUUUCAGGGAGAGUGGACAUGUUGAUGGUUGACAAGACACUACAAUACUUGAUUGGAGCUGGAAUAGACAUCGGAGUAGAGAACAAUCCGUAUUUGGGCUAUGUAUACACAUCAUUUCAAGAGCGAGCCACGUGUUUGUCACAUGGAAAUAUGGCUAGGCUAGCUACAGAAGGCGGAGACCCCAUGCUAGCACGUAUAUGUGGAACCAUUGGUGCGGACGAGAAGCGACACGAACAUGUCUACACAAGAAUUGUUGAGAAGUUGUUAGAAGUGGAUCCAAAUGCGACUAUGCUAGCUAUUGCACACAUGAUGAAGAAGAAAAUCAUAAUGCCAAUGCAUCUUAUGUAUGAUGGGCAAGAUCCGAAUAUAUUUGAGCACUUUUCUGCCAUUAGUGAAAGACAAGGGAUUUACACAUCUCGUCAUUAUGCUGAAAUAUUAGAAUUUUUUAUAAUACGAUGGAAAUUGGAAAAACUUGAAGGCUUAAUUGGCGAAGCAAGGCGUGCACAGGAUUAUGUGUGUGGACUUCCACCUAGGGUUAGAAAGUUGGAAAGUAGAGCCAAGAAAAUAGAGCCACGUCAAGUGAAGUUUAGUUGGAUCUUUAACAAACAAGUGAUUGUUUAG